GAUUCUAAAUUUCAUAAUACUCAGUAAAAGUUAAUUAAUAUGAAAGCGUCAUUGCAUUUAUGAGGAUAACGUAUUUUGGAUUCUAAUAUUAAUAUCAGUGCAGUGUAUUCCACACUGUAUAUAAAGAAAUGGUUAGCCGACUCAUCUUAUAUUCCAAGACAUUUCUUCAUUACCACCAGUCGUCAUGGACACCAUUUAGAGAGGGCAAGCCUAAUAAAAGUUAUUUCAAGUUCAUGGACAUCGGACAAGAACAACACAAUAUAAGAAGCCCCCGGUCCAACGUUCUACUUGCGUCCAUCGAAUUCAUAACGGUCCAAAAGUGAAGAGGAAGCAUACCUGUUUUAAAAGUCUGAAUAAACUGAUAGCAAACAUGGAGAUGUGCAUAAAGCGUAGUAUCGGUCGGACAGGACUUCGAUUAUUGGUAGUUGCAUUGGUCAUAGUGGUUAAUUCUUCUGAAUAUGUCACGGAUGUCAUGGAGCAGACAUCAGGAACCGUGAUCACAGAUAUAGAGGUACCAUGGCCGACGUCAUCAUCCGAGAAUAGUUGGGCCAACUUUGCAGCUACUCCGAUCACUCAGAGGACAUCACCAUCUGAUGAAAUGGCGAGUAACACUGUACGUCCAUUGCCGGAGAACUCUUUGACGUCUGACCGAAGUCAAAGACAGUCAGCAGCCAUUCAAGUAUUUAGCAGCCACUCGACCACUGUCUAUUUCAAUGAUCUGCCAACAGAUUUAAAUGCCACGGGGACUGGUGAUUGGCAAUGGGAAUUUUCUUGGGAUUGGAACAUCAUCAUGCAACUGAUUCUCUCUCUAGUGGGUGUCUUUGGCAAUGCUAUGGUAGUCGUUGUCAUUGGGGUACGCAAAUUCAACUCGAAUUCGACAGAUGUCCUCAUCCUAGCCCUAACCAUCUCGGAUUUGCUGACAUCUUUGUGCAAUAUCCCAGUUCCUCAAGCAGCUCAGGUUCCUGCAUCAAUCCUAGGGGCGUUGUACUGCCGCAUCAUCCUUUAUGAGUUCCUCACUUGGGUUUGUGUCAUUACAUCUACAAUCAUUCUAGUGGGAUUGUCCGUGGAACGUCUGGUUGCUGUCCGCUACCCCCUUCGCUUCCGCGAAAUCUUCUCCAUCCGACGCGUUUACAUCUUCAUCGUCUCAACAUGGUUAUUCUCCCUACUCUCCUGUUGCUAUUAUUUCAUUGAUAUCAAGCCGAUGCUGGAUGAGAACUUUUCCGAGGAAAACACUUGUGUUGCGACUGCCUCCAAUGUCCCAUCGCGACUGAGGCAAUUGAAAGUAUUCACUUUAAUCAAUUUUUUGAUACGGUUAGUUAUUCCAGUGGUGCUGAUGAUCUUCACCCAGACUGCAAUGGCCUACUCUCUUAAUCUGCAGUCUCGUCGUCACGAUAAAACAUUGUCUCAGAAAUCCGGUCAGUCCUUUCACAUCAAGGCCAGAAACCGCAUCAUCAAGGUCAUGCUCACUGUAGUUAUUGCGUUCAUCAUCUGCUGGGCACCAAGUCAGAUUGCAUGGGUAAUCAUCUCUUUUAACGGAUCCGCUAAAGGCUACCUUGACAGCACCCUCAGGGAUAUCCUCAACCUCAUCACCUUUAUAAACUCUUCAAUCAACCCAUUCAUCUACACAUCACAGUACCCCAAAUUCCGUGCUGCUAUUAAAGAAAUUUUCAUCGGUAAGCCACAAAACGACGCACCACUGUUUGCAGCGAAUGUAUAGUUCCCUUUUUAAUGUUUUGACAAGGUCAUUUAACAAUAGUAGGCCAAUCAUGCCUAUAAGUGCUUUUAAAUAUUUGAGUACUGUUUUUGUUGUAGAUCUCAAAAAGAAUUAAUUCAUGAGGGAGUGCCUCAGGGGUAAGCUUUUGACCCAAUUUUACUUUUAUUGUGUAAGUAUGAUUUUAUCAGUCAGUCAAAGUUAUUCUUCUCUCGACAUUCUCCAUUUAUCAUUUUCUCAUAGUAAUACUUAUGUUUUACUUUCCUUGGCAAAAGAGGAGAUGAAUCAAUUAUGAACAAUUUUCUCGUAAGAGACUCUUUCUUACAAAAAGUAUUAUCUUAGGUCCAGGUGCAAAACAAGCACUUUUGGAUAUUAAUCUAUUUUAGAUUGUCAUCAAAUAAUUUUGUUGGAUUACCUGGUGCUUUUUUUUCAAACUAAUCUCAAAAGAAAAACCUUGUCGAGCGAUUUGUUGUUCAUUAUUUAUUCAUUUCAAACUGUGAUAUGCAUAAUCAAAAAUUAUGGGCCAUAAUUGAGGUCCGGUUUAAGCCAUGAUCUAUGCGCUAAAACUAUUGGAAGCCAAAAAAUCAAUUUAAAAAAGAACACAUUGCAAGUUUGUUUGGUUUUGUUUUAAUAUAGUCGAGGAAAAAUAGCAGAUUUUGAGAAUCAACCGCAAACAAAUUGCAAUAUUUUUUUUUUUUCACCGCAAUGCAUUUCCCUGAAGUUCCCAAAAUGACAUACUAAAAGUCCAAAAAAUCCCAGAAGUGGAAAGAUGUAUAAUUUGCAUAAAUCCAAAAUGGUUGCCAUAGUGAGAAUUUUCAUGAUUAUUGGUAGUAGCACAAAGACUGAUCUGACCAUAACACUUUCAAAAUUUAUGAUUAAAGCAUUAAACUUCCACUUAUGUCAUAUUUUACCAUAGGCUUCAUUUUAAAAUGGAAGGAUGUAAGUAAGAUUUGACCUCUACUGACGUCUAUAGAGGUCAAUGACAUUAGGGUCAGCGACCUCGAAAUAUCAGAAAAUUGAUGUUUUGCAUCAUUAGUUCAUGAUAAAUAGGGUUAUAAUUCUAACUUGCAUGUUGUAAAUGUGUUUCGAUGUCAUAGUAAGUCUUGCUUUCAAGUAUUUGUAACAUGUAAUAUAUACCCAGUUGUUGUGUUUCCGAACAGGUUGUGUGUCCGGACAAUCGAUUUUAAACAGCCAUUUGUAGAAAUUAACAAGCGAAGUUUCAUCAAUUUCUAGUACGAAAUGCUGGGCAAUAUCAUAGAGAACGAAAUAGAAGAUGAUUACAAUUAUUUGAAUUAUAUUUAGUGUAAUCUACAGACAAAAAAGAAGGCUUCGAAAUUUUAGUGUCCGGACACUCGACCCCCAUCCUACAUUUUUUUUCUUCUGACAUGUCUGAUGGACCUAAUUAACAAGCUAUGCUUCUUUUGCUUACCACACCUCCCUUUAGGUUUUUUUGGAGGUGGGGGGGGGGGGUGGGAGGCAAACCUUAUAAAUGUAAUGUUUAUUUGUAUGAUUUUUAUUGUACAAUGUUACUAAGGAAUGCAAAUAAAUACUGUAUUUCCAAUUCUUUUAUCAUUCAUCACUUUCACCUCAAUCAGUCAUUGAUUCCAUUGAGGACAUUAAAGGACACGUUACUAG